AUGAGCAGAACCCAACCAAACCCAACCCACCCAACCCACUUAUCCGAAUUUUUUAUUUCAUAGUUCAUAGUAGUCAUACCUCAUCUCUCAUUUUGUUCUCUCAGAAAGCUUUUUGAAAUAGUAUCAGAAACAUAUCGUGUUACUGUUCAAACCCUAGUGUUGUCUCGAUUCCAGUUUCUCCUGGCCUGUCUGAUACGGUAAUUCCCUGAGGAAUUCGAUUCUUCUUGCAAAUUUUGCACUCUUUGGCAAUUGGCACUUGGCAGUCACGUUGUGCAAUCCAUUUUAUCAACUCAUUUCUCAUCCACGUGGUUCCCCAAGCUGAAGGUAUCUGCUGUAGACGCAAACUCGAAAUUUCAAACUUUUGCAGCAGUAGACUGUCACAACCCACAACUACAUAAAUUACUGUACACAAGCUCUUCUUAGAUUUUCUUCAAUCUAAAUAUUUGCCCACAACUAUCAUUUUGAAAGCUGGUUUUUAAGUAGGUGUUGUGGGGUUUCUGAAUUGUCAAAAGCAGGACAAAAAAUACUUCCUACAGCCUGAGGAGAACUGAGGAUGGUUGAAGACUGAUUUUUUUCAUCAUAUAAACUUGUUCACUUGUCUCAUCUUGGUUUCUUCACAAAAAGGCUCCAAAAAGUCUGGUGUGAAAAAAUUGCAGACAACAUAAGAUUGUACUAUUUACUUGAACUUAAUCUCCAGAUCUCUGUUUAGUCAUCAACUGUUUGAACUAAGCCCACCAACUUUAAUCUAGUUCAAAACUAGUUUAUCGAAUAAGAACACCUACUUUUCAACACCUCGGCUCAUUUUUGGAUAUAACUCAGAGCAUAACUCACUUCUUAACUACCUAUAGAGGUACGAGCCUUUUUAAAAUGUAAAAAUUACCUUCCUCUCUUCACACUUGCAGCUCCAAAAUUUCUAUGUGGGAAAGAAUAGAUCUCAUUAGGUAAUUCAGGGAUUUCCUGAAACUUAACGACCUUUUGUUAUUAGUUCCUGUUGUUCAUCUGAUUACUAGCUUUUGCAUCAAAGUUAGUUUUCAGAUUUAGAAUUAUUUACAAGACUGCUUUUCCUGUAGAAUUUAUUUAGUAUUUAAAAUUUCUUCUCAACAAGGUAUUAUCAGCAUAAUGUCUAACUCCAAUUUUCUCUUUUUCGAUGCUGUUGAAAACAAUGAUCUAACUACGGUCAAAAAUAUGAUUCAGAACAAAAUGGUUGAUGUAAACAGUUUCAAUUCAUUCGGAAAAACUUCUCUACACAUUUCAGUCGAAAAAGGAUUCAUAGAGUUAACAAAAGAACUUAUAGAUGCCAAAUCUGAUAUUAAUGCACUAGCAUCAGAUGAAACAACCCCUUUUUCUAUAGCUGCUGAAAAUGGUAACAGCAUAUUGAUCGAAUUAUUAUUAGGACAAUCGAACCUAGAUGUAAGCAGGUCUUAUCAUGAGAAAACAACUUUACAUAUAGCAUGUGAAAAGGGUCACACCGAUGUUGUAAAGGCUCUAUUAGCAGACCACCGCUGCACACAUUACGUCAACAUGAAAGACUCCUCUGGAAAAACUCCAACACACAUUGCUGUUGAGUAUGGUCGAACCAAUAUUUUAUCUAACUUACUGGCGAAAACUCACGAUGUUAAUGCUGUCGAUAAAAAUGGCUGUACACCUCUCUGGAUUGCAAUAGAAAACAAUCAAGAGAAAUGUGCGGAAAUCUUGCUUAAAGAUGAGCGUGUCGAUGUUAAAACCCGCCAUUUUAGUCAAACACCUUUAGAGCGUGCUCUGAAAGAGAAGAAUACAAACAUAUCCGAGUUAAUCAUUGACAGAGUUGGUGGUAUUGAAAUUACUGAUGAAGACGGAUUAAAUCCUUUACAUCGUGCUGUAGAUGCAGGAAUGGUAGAUGUCGUUGAUUACGUGAUCAAGAAAGGAGCAAAUAUCCAAAGUAAAACUAAGAAUGGUAACACCCCUUUGCAUGUCGCUGCUAGAAGUGGACAUUUAGAAGUAGCUAAAUUUCUUGUUGAUAAUGGGGCUGACAUUCAUGCAAGAAGUGAAAAUUAUUACAAUUGCACACCACUUCAAUUGGCUGUAAUAUGCUCAAAGCUGGAAGUUGCCAAAUUUCUAAUUUCUGUGGGCUCGGACAUAAACGCUCAUUUUCCUCGUGCUCAUUAUGCAAUGGAUAGAGGAGGAACUCUACUACAUUGGGCAUCACGGGAAAUGGAUGAAGAAGAAAUAAUAAGAUUUUUAGUAGAGAACGGGGCAGAUGUCAAUGCUACUGAGUACGAUGGAAGGACACCUCUAUGUUUACUUGUAAAGCACCACGGUAGUUUUGCUGUGAUGAGAUACCUCAUAGAAAAGGGAGCCACUCUUAACAAUGAGCGUGGUGGCACGCCACUGUAUUGGGCUUUUUCUGUUGAUUAUGGUGGACAUGAUCCAAAGGUAGCCGAUUUUCUCAUAGAAAUGGGAACUGAUGUUAACAGCUGUAUUGACUACCAUGGAGAUGAGUGGGAUCAAAUGAGAACUGCUUUACACUUGGCCAGACAUUUAUCUACAGUUGAACUCCUCAUAGAUAAAGGCGCGAAUGUUAAUGCAAUGGACAAGUCACUAAAUACACCUUUGCACGUAGCGCGGACUCCCUCCAUAGCAAAAUGUCUCCUAGAACACGGAGCAGAAGUCAAUGCUUCAAACGAAUCAGGGGAUACACCUCUGCAUUUUGUUCAGAAUUUCCACACAGCAAAAAUUCUCAUCGAAAAAGGUGGAAAUGUCAGUGCAUGUAAUAACGAGGGUUACACACCAUUACAUACUGCUCGGAACAUAGCCAUCGCAAAACUGCUUUUAGAAGAUGGUGCAGAACUGAAGGCCGUUACUAAAGAUGGUAAAACUGUUGUACACACAGGUGCUGAAGCUGAUGUAAUUUCACUCUCACAAUAUACAGGUGUGCCUGAGGUAGUAGAAUUUUUUUUACAGAAGGGUAUAGAUGUUAAUGUUGCUGACGACAGUGGUAAUACGCCUUUGCACUGUUGCGGAACAUCUGACAACAUUCAAGUUGCUGCAGUACUUUUAGAGAAAGGAGCUAACACUAAAGCUUUGAACAAAUCAAAUAAGACACCUGUAGAGUGUGGCCGAUUUUUUGACUCUGGGGGUGGUACAUUUUGCAGAAUGUUUCACGCAAUCGAUGAAAUAUUUACUGCGAUUAUUGACAAUGAGGGCUUUGAUAGAGUAAGGCGCUUCCUUCGAGAAGUAAAAACUAUCAACCUGACUCAAGAUGAUAGUAAACUGACUCCUUUACACCAUGCAGUAAAACAAAAUAAUAAAAAGAUGGUACAAUUUCUUCUACAAGAAAAAAUUACCCAAAAAAACACAAGCAGAACUUUCCUUGGGCUACCGUUUAAGAGUAAAAGAACAUCAAGGUCCUGUGAUCUUUACACUGCUAGUAUUUUAGAUAAAAUCAAUGUAAAUCCUCGCUGCAAGAAUAACUGGACACCUUUGCAUUAUGCUGCUAAAGGAGAUGACCCAGAGAGCGUAACUCUACUCCUUCAGUGCGGGGCCGCAUAUGAAGCUAAGACAAAAGAGGGUAAGACGCCCUUGGAUCUAGCGGAGUGUAACUCCAUCAGAGAAAUUUUGACAAUGGCAGAUGAAUUUUUUGAAGCUGUGAAAAAAGGGAAAAAAGACCUCAUCAGUGAAAUUUUAAAAAAGAAUUAUGGCAUCGUGAAUGCUGUCGACAGUAAUGGUUGCAGUCCUUUAUACUUUGCUGUAAGUAAUGCCUGGAAAGACAUAACAUCAUUACUUUUAGAAAAUGGUGCAAAUGUGGCUCUAGUGACCAAUUCAGGUAGCACACUACUUCAUUUAGCUGCUGCGAAGGGGGAUGCAGAAUUAACAGAUACUAUCUUCAAACAUGCCAAGAAGAAUGGAAGUUUAAAUGUUUUUGUAAAUGCCGAAGAAGAAAAAGGGACUACUGCGCUUCAUGUAGCUGCGCAGAACAGUUUGGUGAAAAUGGUGAAGGCUCUUCUAAAACACGGUGCAACUUAUAACGCCAGAAAUGAAGAAAAUAAGCGUCCACUUGAUCUCUCCAGAAGUGAGGAUAUUACAAAUAUACUGGCCUUAAUAGAAGAGUUGUUUGUAGCUGCCGUAGAAAGGAGUGAGGAAGUCCUAAGUAGACUGGACACUCUGGAACUUGAUGAUUUUUUUGCAGUCACAAAGACCUGUGACUAUUAUGGACAAACUCUUGCAAAUAUCAUUGAGAAUAAUGCGCAACCAUCUGUUACUCAUAAGUUAUCAGAAAUGAUGAAGUUGAAGGAAAGAGAACACUUGUUACAGACCAACCCAUGUCACUAUUCCCAAAACCCCUGUCACUCAGAGGAAGAACUUGAGGACUUGGAUUUAGGUUUUGGAUUAUUUGAUACGCUAUUUAUCAUAAUGUCUUAUUUCGACUCUCCCUUAUUUGCUGCUGUAGAAAGCAAUGACAUAUCUUCACUGAGCACCAUUAUGCAAAAUAAGCUUGUUAACAUGAAUGAGCUCAAUCCAUGUGGCAAAACGUCAUUACACAUUGCAGUUGAAAAAGGAUUUUUAGAAUUAACAAAAAAGCUCAUUGAUUUGAAUUCUAAUAUUAAUGCACUGACGCCUGAUGAGAAAACACCACUUCUAAUAGCAGCUGAGGGUGGUAAUGUUGCAUUGGUUAAACUACUAUUGGAACAACCUAAUUUAGAUGUAAAUAGGCUUCACCAUGGUAAAACACCUUUACACAUAGCAUGUGAAAAAGGACAUACCGACAUUGUGAAAGUUCUGUUGGCAGAUAAUCGCUGCUCACAUUUUAUUAACACAUAUUUCAAUGGUAAAGCCCCUAUACACAUUGCCUCCGAGUAUGGUCAAGCGGAAAUCCUGUCCGAUUUACUGGAGAAGGAACCUGAUGUCAACGCUGUUGAUGACGAUGGCUGCACAUCACUCUGGAUUUCAAUAGAAAACAAUCUAGAGGAAUGUGUGCAAAUCUUGCUUAAAGAUGAGCGAGUCGACGUUAAAACCCGCCAUUUUAAUCAAACACCUUUAGAGCGUGCUCUGAAAGAGAAGAAUACAAACAUAUCCAAGUUAAUCAUUGACAGAGUUGGUGAUAUUGAAAUUAGUGAUGAAGACGGAUUAAAUCCUUUUCAUCGUGCUGUAGAUGCAGGAAUGCUAGAUCUGGUUGAUUACUUGAUCAAGAAAGGAGCAAAUAUCCACAGUAAAACAAAGAAUGGUAACACGCCUUUGCACAUUGCUGCAAAACAUGGGCAUACAGAAGUAGCCAAACUUCUCGUAGAAAAUGGUGCUGAUAUCCGUGCAAGAAGUGAAAAUUAUUACAAAGCCACACCUCUGCAAUACGCUAUUAAAUGUAAAAAACUAGAAGUUGCAAAGUUUCUAAUUUCUGUGGGCUCGGAUGUAAAUGCGUAUGACCCGCUUGCUCACUAUGCGAGAAACAGAGGAGGAACUUUAUUACAUUAUGCUGCGAGAGACACCGAUGAUAAACUAAUAAGAUUUUUAGUCGAGAAUGGAGCGGAUGUAAAUGCCACUGAAAAUGAUGGAAGGACACCCCUGUGUUUGCUAGUGAAGCAUAAUGGUUCUUUGGAUACAAUGAGGUACCUUAUUGAGAAGGGAGCUACUCUUAACAAUGCUCGAGGUGGUACUCCCCUCUAUUGGGCUAUGCGCCAGGAUUAUGGUGGAUAUGAUCCAAAGGCAGCCGAUUUUCUCAUAAAAAUGGGAACUGAUGUUAACAGCUGUAUUGACUACCAUGGAGAUGAGUGGGAUCAAAUGAGAACUGCUUUACAUUUUGCCAGACAUUUAUCUACAGUCAAACUCCUCAUUGAUAAAGGCGCAAAUGUCAAUGCAAUGGACAAGUUACUAAAUACACCUUUGCACUCAGCGUGGACCCCAUCCAUUGCAAAAUGCCUCAUACAACAUGGAGCAGAAGUUAAUGCCUCAAACGCAUCAGGGGACACACCUCUACAUUUUGUGCAGAAUUUUCACGUAGCCAAAGUUCUCAUCGAAAAAGGUGGAAAUGUCAAUGCAUGUAACAAUGAGGGAAUCACACCAUUGCAUACUGCUCGAAACGCAGCCGUAGCGAAACUGCUCCUAGAAAACGGGGCAGAACUAAAGGCAGUCACGAAGGAUGGCAAAUCUGUUCUACACACUGCAGCUGACGCAGACAUAAUGGACUCACGAUUUAAGGGUGUGCCAGGCGUGGCUGAGUUUUUUUUGCAAAACGGUAUUGAUGUUGAUACCGUCGAUAACUUCGGCAAUACUCCUUUACACCUCUGUGGAAUAUCCGAAAAUCUUGAAGUUGCGAAUGUAUUAUUGGAUAAUGGAGCUAAAAUCAAUGUACGUAACAAAUCGAACAAGAGACCCAUAGAGAUGAAUCGAUAUCCUGACUUCGGAAAUUCUUAUCUCAGCAGAAAGCUGAGUGCAGUUGAUCAAAUUUUUACCGCAGUUAUUAAUAAUGAGGGCAUCGAAAGAGUGAAAAGCUUACUUAAAAUAGCUGAAGUUGUUAACCAGAAACAAGACGAUAGUCGACUUACUCUUCUACAUCAUGCUGUGAAGCGAAAUAAUAAAACAAUUCUACGAUUUCUUUUACAAGAAAAAAUUAGCCCAAGAAGCACUAUCCUAACUUUCCCUGAAUGGUUAAACAGAGGUAAAGGAGUUGCAAGGAUUGGUGAUCCUCAUAUCUCUCGUAUUUUGGAAAAAAUUAAUGUAAAUCCUAUCUGCAAGAAUAACUGGACACCUUUGCAUUAUGCUGCUAAAGGAGAUGACCCAGAGAGCGUAUCUCUACUCUUUCAAUGCGGGGCAGCAUAUGAAGCUAAGACAAAAGAGGGUAAGACACCCUUGGAUCUAGCAGAGUGCAACUCCAUCAGAGAAAUUUUGACAAUGGUAGGCGAACUUUUUGAAGCUGUAAAAAAAGGAAAACAAGAACUUGUCAGUGAGCUCGUAAAAAAGAAGAAUGGUAUCAUAAAUGCUGUCGACAGUAAUGGUUGCAGUCCUUUAUACUUUGCUGUAAGUAAUGCCUGGAAAGACAUAACAUCAUUACUUUUAGAAAAUGGUGCACAUGUGGCUCAAGUGACCAAUUCAGGUAGCACACUACUUCAUUUAGUUGCUGCGAAGGGUGAUGCGGAAUUAACAGAUACUAUCUUCAAACUUGCCAAGAAGAAUGGCAGUUCAAAUCGUUUUGUUAAUGCUAAGGGAGAAAAUGGAACCACAGCUCUUCAUAUUGCUGCUCAGAAUGAAUCUGUAGAGAUUACAAAAGCUCUACUGAAACAUGGAGCUAUGUAUAACGCUAGAAACAAAGAAAAUAAAAAACCCUCCGAUCUCUCAAGGAAGGAGGAUGUCACCAGAAUUCUGAACUUGGUAGAAGAAUUAUUCAAAGCUGGGGAAGAAAAUACGGAGGAACUGUUGAGCAGAUUACGGGAAAUGGAUUUUGAUGAAUUUUUUGCUGUGACGAAUGCUCAGGAUUAUGUCGGACAAACCCUACUAGAUUAUAUUCGUAAUAAUGCGCACCCGUCUGCAAGCAGUGAAUUUGCAGAAAUAAAGAAGUCCAAGGAUAGAGAACUUUUGUUGCAGCCGAACCCAUGUUAUUAUUCUCAACACCCUGUUUAUUCACAAGAAGAACUUGAUGAUAUAGACUUAGGUUUUGGGUUGUUUGAUGGUUGAUUUUAGGAUGGACUCACGAUUUCUUCUGAAAAUUUUAGUUUUCUAAUCUAUUUUUGGAUAAAAUUUACAUGUCAUGAUCACCAGGGUAUUUUCAUUAAAAGUAGAGAUCAAUAAUCCCCAAACGUUUUGCAAUUUUUUGUAUGACCUUUAAAUGAAAAGCUUGUUGAAACUGAACAUUUUAUAUUGGUUACGAGGGCAGUGGGUAUUAUCCUAUUUUUUUUCGGUGCAUUAAGUACACUUUUUACGUGUGAGCAAUGAUUUUCCACCUAAUACAUGUACUAAACCUGGUAAUUCAAGUAUUCAACAUACGGUAAUUUGCCAGGCCGAUCACUCAAAGUUUAAAGCAGCAUGAUAAGACAUCAAAAUGCGAUGUAUUGCUCCGUUAAGUUAAGGUUUUGUCUUGUCUUGUCGUUCUGACAUAGUUUCAAUAUUCGGACUACAUGAGCUUUUCUGCUUCCUUGAGGAAUGAUUUAGAGUGCAUUUUUGAAGAGAAGCUUUAUUUCUGACAGAAGUGCAUUUACUAACUGAAUCGCUGAAUAUUUGAUAUUACUCUCAGAAAUUGUUUGAAAAAAAUGUCCAAAAUUCCAACGUUCGUGAUAUUUGCAUGCUUAGAACCAUAAUAACUGUCAGGAAUAUAAUGAGCUGGUACGAUAUGUACAUCAUUUAUUGCCUACUUAUUGCUUUCAAAAAUGUACAGUGAUGAUAGCGAAAAUAGUAUCUGCAGCCUUGACUGCCUUAAUCGUAUGAAAUCAGCAGAAUCAGUCAGUGAGAAGGCUCACUAGUACCCCAAGUAGCACAGUGCAUUGAAAGUAUUGAAAUAAAAUGGCACUUCAAUACUGUAAAAUUGCUAUUUUUACCAUAAAAUUACAAUAUUUUUUCAUCAUUUGGUUAGUGAAUGCCGUUUAUGAGCAGUUAAAAAAAUGAGUUCCUUGUGUCAAAACAAUAGGCAGUUUCCAAUACAAUCAAAUUUGUGACUUUUUUAAUUUUAUUGAAUUGAAUUACAAUACUAGGUGCCCCCUCAAUCAGUAGAUAAACAACAUACACAUCACCGCGAUGCAGUGCUAAUAAUUUGACCAUGUAUGUACCGCACUUUAUUUCAAUCUGUGUUGCUUGGGAACUGGAGACAAACCUCUCGAAGCCAGCUAACAUAAUUUGGGCCUUAAGUUAAAUUCAGGAAAUUUAUUUUAGUUUGUUUUUCAUUCUGUGAACAUGACUCUAAAAUAUCGUGAAAAAUUGUUAAAGGAAACGAAAACCGCAAUAUUUUGUAGGAAGGGAUCAAUAAUAAAAAUAAAAAAAAGAAAACUUCAGACAACAAGACAUGAAAAAUAUUUUGCAGGAGUGUGUAAUUAAAUGAGCAGAGAAAUAAAAAUAAAAAGAUUCCAAGUGAGAAUCAUAAAUGAAAAGUUAAAUGGACAAAGUAUAAAACUAAAAAGCUUAAAUCUGAGAAUCAUAACUGAAUAGUUAAAUAUUUUUUUUCUAUUUUUCUUCUCAUUUAAUGUUUCAUUUAUGAUUCUCAGAUUAAAUCUCCUUAUUUAAUUUGUUACUCUUUUGAAAUUGACUUUUAUAUAAUUACAUGUUACGGUUCUAAUUUUAUCAAGCUUGUUUCAAAAUUGUAAAAAUUUUAUUUUUGUUCGAAUAUAUUUUCAUUGAUUGCUAUA